UGGGGCCCCCGGGCAAUAGGGGAUCAUGGGGCCCCUGUGUCCUUGCCCAAACUCAAAAAAGCCUAUGAAAAAGGUACCAGGGGCAUCUCAUGGGGCCCCCUACUGACCCCGGGCCCUCGGGCAGUGCCCAUGUUUCCAUAUGGUCAGUCCGCCCCUGAAGUAGUGUGUACAUUGCUUGCUAGAUGGAGAUGGCCAUUACUGCUGUAUAUUACAUGUAUGUAGUUUGCACCAACAUUUUGUUUACAAACUGACAGCUGAAAGAAGAUGAACUUUUAGGAAACAAACUGUAAUGUGA